UUUUUUUUUUCUCUUUGUUUCUCCUCAUCUCAUAUAUUUACCCCACAAAUGUUUCUUUGUAAUAAAAAUAAAAAACCUAUUUAUCGAAAAUUAGUUGUUGUUGGUGAUGGUAGUAUAGGAAAGUCUUCUAUUCUUAAUGUCUUUACAAAAGGUUUUUUCCCUCAGGUUUAUGAACCCACUGUAUUUGAAAACUAUGUACAUGAAAUGACAGUAGAUGGACAAACUUUAGAAUUAUCUUUAUUUGACACGGCUGGCCAAGAAGAAUUUGACCGAUUACGUUCCUUGUCCUACGCUGAUACUCAUGUAGUAAUGAUGUGUUACGCUGUGGAUAGUCUUGAUUCUUUGGAAAAUAUUCCUAAUCGUUGGAUGGAAGAAGUAUCUGAAUAUUGUCCUUAUGCAAAAUUAAUAUUAGUUGCUCUUAAAUGUGAUCUUCGUGAUGAUGAACAAGCUAUGAAAAAGAUGAAUGGUCGACCUGUGUUAUAUGAAGAAGGAUUGAAUGUGGCUCGAAGUAUCAAUGCAGUUCGUUAUCUUGAAUGUUCUGCCAAGCACAAUCGAGGAAUCCGAGAAGUAUUUGAACAAGCAGGUCGUGUCGCUCUAUCAGUCCAUUUAAAGACAAACAACGAUACCUCCUCUUCAUCUUGUAUUAUUUUGUAACAGUUAUCUAUAUUCUUCCCUUUGUCUUUUUCCCCUUCUCUUCCCUUUCCUCAUUCUUUCUUUCUUUUAUUUCUUUAGUUUACCCUACAGUAUCUUUUUUUUUAUAUAUACCAACUUACAUUAUCAUUAUGCCAAUACUACUAUUACUACUAUUACUUCUUUUUAUUGUUAUAUUAUUCUACAUAUUUACAUUCUUCAUUAUGCCAUAUAGUAAUAUUAAUAAAACAACAAAAAUUGAUUAUUUUUUUUUGCCAA